AUGGACCGGCUCAGGAGAUCGAGAGGCCCGCUGCGCGCUUCCAUUACUCGCACCUUGGCGGAGAUGGAGGCAGAACUCGCUAAAGAGGAAGCCGAUUCAGAUGUCGUCGCGACUAAGAUGAGGAAAUUACGCGAGGUUCUUCAGGACGUGGUGGACAAAGAUCAAGAGAUUUUGGAUAAAUUGCUAGAUGAAGAAGCAACUGAGCUAGUUUAUCAAGAAGAAUUUGACGCAUGUCAAGAAUACAAGGAUAAAGUCCGCACAAUGAUACAUAAGACGGAGAAGUUUUUGGGAGCUCAAGCAGAUGCUCAUAGUAGUGAUUCAUUUUAUGGAACGGCCAGAGAAAUCAACAAGAAGCGCACAUUCAAACUACCGAAGAUUGAAUUGAAGACGUUUGGUGGUGAGCUCACGGAUUGGUUGUCUUGGUGGUCACAGUUUAGCAAAAUCCAUGAAGAUGAAGACUUGCAUGAUACAGAUAAAUUUCAGUAUUUAAUUCAGGCCACGCAAGAAGGGUCAAGAGCUCGUGACCUUGUGCAGAGCUACCCGCAGACUGCUGCAAAUUACCCGAAGGUGGUGGCGGCCCUCAAAGAGAGAUUUGGUAAAGACAAGUUAUUAAAACAAGUCUAUGUGAGGGAAUUACAGAAGAUGGUUGCUGCAAGUAUGAAGAAUCCUGAGAAGAAUCAGUUAUUCAAAAUCUUUGACAAGUUGGAGAGCAAUUUGCGUGCUUUAGAGUCUUUGGGAGUGACAGCGGAUCAGACUGCAACAUUUAUCUUCCCGAUGGUUGAGUCGAGUCUUCCCGAAGAAACACUUAUUGCCUGGCAGCGAAGUCCGGAUUUUGGUAAAGAUGGAUCGCUUCUGCAACCGCCGAAAACAGAGCUCGAUUUUCUCCUGAAUUUCCUACGGCAGGAGGUUGAGAACGAGCAACAGAGAACCUUGGCUAGAGAGGGCAAUGAGAAGAAGAAGAAGAGUGAAAAAGUGAAGAAUUACGAAGACGACAACAUCCCUACAGCAGCUGGUCUAUUUAGUGGACAGGGUCAGUCGUGCCUCUUCUGCGGAAAAUCUCACGCCAGCCAAGAUUGCUUUAAGGCAAAGAAUAUGUCUUUGCAAGAGAAGAAGGAUCGGAUCAAGAUGAAGAAGUGUUGUUUUGUUUGUCUACGAGGUGGUGACAUGACUAAAAGUUGUAAGAGUUUUGUGAAGUGUCCAAUCUGUGAAAACAAGCAUCCAGUUAUAUUGUGUCCGUCCUUGCCAUCACAUAAGAAACCAGAGACUGAAGUUGUGGUCCAGAGAACUGAUCCAAGUGUGGCGAUGGCCAGUCACAUGUGUUCUGGUGAAGUUUUUCUCCAAACUCUUCUGGUCAGAUUACGAAGUGAGAAUGGAAAAGUGUCUCGAGUGGUUCGACUAGUGUUUGACACUGGUGCUCAGCGAUCUGUCCGAAGCUCGACGGCAAGCCAACUCAAGUACCCCUCAGUUGGUCAGGAGUGGGUGCGAAAAUCUUUGUUCGGAGGUGCGGUUACGAAUGGGAGGAUCCAAUAUAAAUACAAAUUACGCCUAGAAAGUUUAGACGGAUCCGUCAAGCGCACCAUGGAAGUUUUAGAGGAACCGGAAAUCUGUGGGGAAUUGUCUCGAGUGCCAAGGGGACCAUGGAUUAAGGAGCUAGCGGACAAGUCAAUCUUCCUCUCAGAUUUUACUUCAGAGUGUCCGGACAUUGAAAUUUUAAUUGGGUGCAUUCCUCGCCAAACAGAGAAUAGUGCUAUGCUCGUGACAUCGUUGUUGGCCAGUGACUGGAAUCCAUCGGAAUUAUGGAAUUUGGAAUCGCUUAGAAUUCAAGACCCGGUGGAGAGCCUGUCAAAGGAAGAAAGGGAUUCGGAGGCCAAGCAACAUUUCUUGAAAACUGUUACGAGAUCUGAGGAUGGGAGGUACAGUGUGUCGCUUCCAUGGACCAGCGGACAAGAUCAGAUUCCGAAUAACCGAUCCAUCGCUCAGAAGAGAUUAGAAACAAUGAGUACCAGACUUGUGUCAUCUGGAAAUUUCAAGAUUUAUGAUGACAUCAUUAAAAGUUGGGAGCAGGAAGGAAUAAUUGAAGUUGUUCCACAAGUUGAGUUGGAACUACCUGCUCAUUAUUUACCACAUCGGGCAGUCAUCAAAGAAGAGAGCAAGACCACACCCGUUCGCCCAGUCUUUGAUGCAUCGAGCAAGAGCAAGAAUUCUCCAUCGCUGAAUGAUUGCUUGGAGAAAGGUCCAAAUCUAAUGGAAUUGAUUCCGUCUAUUUUGAUGAGAUUUAGAGAAGAAGGAAUUGGAGUAGUCGCGGACAUUAGGAAGGCGUUUCUUCAGAUAAGUGUCAAGCCGGAAGAUCGGAACUUUCUGCGUUUCCUAUGGUGGAAUGAUGAGGGUCGAAAUCAGGUAGAAUUUCGCCACGCACGAGUCGUCUUCGGCGUUAAUUGCAGUCCUUUUCUACUCGCCGCUGUAAUUGAGAAUCAUCUUGCUAAUGUGAAAAAUGAAGAUAAAGAAGUAGCAAGAAAGUUGUUGAAGUCCAUGUAUGUGGACAACUGUGUGACUUCGGUAGCCACCAUGAAGGAAGUCGAAUUAUUCAGAUCCCAAGCUACCAGAAUAAUGGAGGAGGCGAAAAUGGAGUUGCGUUUGUGGGAGUGGUCUCAAGUAGAAGAUCCGAAAUCCAGUCACGACGACGGGGAAUUCAUCGCAUCCGUAUUGGGCCUCAAGUGGGAUAGAAGAAUGGAUUCGUUAGGAUUAGACUUCAGUUUUGAGUUACCGGAGAAAGUUACGAAAAGAAGCGUCUUGUCAUCUUUACACAAGAUAUACGACCCAUUGGGAUUUUACUCUCCAGUCCUGCUGAAGCCCAAGUUAUUAUUGCAAGAGUCGUGGGCAGAUAAAAGUGGAUGGGAGGACAAGUUAAAAUAUGAACAGAAGCAGAAAUUUACCAGUUGGUGUCGUGACCUGGAUUUACUGAAAUCAAUUUGGAUUCCUCGGAAUCAAAGUGAUCGUGCAACAUGGCAAUUGCAUACUUUUGUGGACGCGAGCAAGACGGCCUACGCUGCAGUUAUCUUCCUACGCAAUGGUACAAGACUCACCGUGAAAGUGAUCCAAGCCUUAUCACUUGAUGAUAUUCCUGUGUUCCGAUGGACUGAUUCGAUGACCGCCUUAUCGUGGAUUCUCCGACCUAAUCAAUGGGGUACCUUUGUGGGGAACCGGUCGGCUGAAAUCAAUAAAUUGAGCGAGAAGAGAGAGUGGCGACAUAUUCCGGGGAAAGAUAACCCCGCAGAUUUACCAUCCCGUGGCUGCAAUGUAAAUGAGUACAUUGAGAGCAAAUGGUGGGAGGGACCCACGUGGUUGCUGCAGCCGAAGGAAUUUUGGCCACGAGAAGAAGACGAUGUUGACGAAGAUGCUGUCAAUGCGGAAAAGAAGAAAUCUUUCAUCGUCACUAGUCUCAUUAGUGGAAAUGGAGAGAACUCAAACAAGAAGGAUAAGAAGACCGGGCAUUUGAGUGCUGAAGAAAUCAACCAGGCCGAGUUGAAAUUGUUCAAGUUAGUUCAGCGUGAAAAGUUUGAGAUUGAGAGUGGUGUCAUCGCUGGAUUAAGGGUAGAAGAAGAUGACCAUGUUCCGAGUCCAUUGAGCGCAUCUGCCCUGCCCUCACCUGCAUCUCCACUGUCGAAUUCAGCUAGUGACGUAGAUUUUUUCAAACAGAUAUUGGAGACGCAUAUUAGCCGCAACGAUGAAUUGUGUGACCUUGUCGCCAAUUGCAACACAAAAUCUGUCGUAGAUAAUGCAGCGGCAACAACACUUAUCAAUGAAUUCGUCGCAAAAUUGGGAUUCUCCAGUUACCAGGGAUCAAAAAUGCUAGCUAAGGCAAUCAUAGAAAUCCUCCCAUGGUGGAAAUAUUUUGGAAAUGACGGAAUUGAUAUUUUGUACGAUGAGGUAGGCCGGUCAGGACUAAUUCAGAUGAGAUUGAGAUGGAUCCACAGAAAUCUAAAGAAGAUUAACGGAAAACCGCAGCACCAACAGCCGCCAAUCGAUACUAGUGGUCCGAAGCCAAAACUUCAAAAAUUUGGCGACCCUGUCGCCCCUAACACCGAAGUACUUUUGAAGCUGAAUUCCAGCACAGACGACGGUGAACUUGUUCGGCUUAUGAAGGAAACCUUGAUGCAUCGAAACCAAAUCCGAGGAUCUGCAGGCCGAACAAUUCUACAAGAUUAUUCAAAAUUCAGGGAGUGCGGAUAUUUGAUUAAUUUGGAAUUUUCGCUGAUGUUUUCCGAAAAUGAAAAAAGAUUUUUAAACAUCUGGCCGGAGUUUGCACAUCGUUUACUGGAAAAUUGCAAGAGCAUCAGCAACUCUCCUUCAUUAUUGACAUUUUUGGACGACGACGCUGGCAAAUGGGAUAACACAGUUGUGGCGUUGUUUGUUCUUUUACACCUAAUCCCAGCAGCUGCCCAAGACCGGUACUCCACUUCAGUCGAUCAUAUAUACGUGGAAUCCGGAAUUAUCUCAACCAACUUUAAUCGCACUUGGAGACGACCGCUUAACUCUUUCAUCUUUCUUCAUCAUAUGUGA